AGCAACAAAAUGGUUAUGGCUCGGCCAAAACAAAACAAGUAAGCAGUUACUUCCUCUCUAGCUUCUUCCUCCAAACAUCUUUCCCUUGCCAUCGCCAUCAUUUUCCUACUCUCUUUGAGUCUAUCUUAACAGAUAAACGACACCAUGAAGCAAAAGAUUGUAGUUAAGGUAACUAUGAAUGGAGAGAAGUCCCGCUCCAAGGCCUUGCAAAUUGUAGUCGGUCUCUCAGGAGUGGAGUCUGCUUCAUUGAAAGGCGAUGACAGGAGCCAAAUAGAAGUAACAGGAGACGGGUUUGAUCCAGUUAAGCUAACAAAUAAGCUAAGAAAGAGUGUGGGGCAUACAGAGCUGGUAAGCGUGAGUGCCGUGGGUGGUGAAAAGAAGGAUGAGAAGAAAGAUGAGGUAAAGCCAGCGGAGUAUGUGUGGCCAUAUAAUCAACCUUUAUAUAUGUAUCAAGGGGUGCCAUCAUAUGGAUAUGCCCAGCAUCAUGACCCUUGCUCCAUCAUGUAAGAGCUCUAAUCUCUACGUCUCAUAUCGUGGAGGAAAUGUAAAAUCUAAACAGACAAUAGUGUCCAUGUGAGAGAGACUUGUUGCCCUUUUUUUUUUUUUUUCAGUUUUGAAUUUUAUCAUAUAUUGUAGUGGGAAAACAACAAGGGUUGGUGGAGGAAUGAGAAGAGCUAGAUUUCUGAUAGUGAAAGUGUGAUAGAGGUUUUGGUUGAUGUCUCCUAUCUGUUGUAUGAUAAAAUUGUUAAUUCUUUUGAUGUUGUCAUCUCUGUUUUAUUCUCUGUUUUCUCCCUUCAAUUAACCCAAUAUUUUGAGUCAUAUAAGGGGAUCAGUGAAGAACGAUGUUGGGAAAAGAGAAAAGACUUUCAGUUUUCCUUUUUUCCCUUUAAAAAACAUAAGGAAACAUGGUCAAUCUUUCUAUCAAGCA